AUGUCGUCCGUCAACAGACCGCUCUACGAGCGCAUUGAUGAUGCAAUCUCCUUAUGUUUUCUUGCCGCUGUGGUAUUGUUAUACUUCCUGAAAGUAUCGGAUGUUCGACUGUACUUUGAACACACCCAACUUCUUAUGUGGAUCUGGGCCGCAAUACCUGGCGUAGUCGCUUCUCACUAUUUGAUCCUUGCCGCUAGUUGCAUCCUCGAGCCUUACUCUCAACGUGCUCGAAACUUUCGAACAAGGACGGCCAUCAUGACGGGCUACUCUGGGAACUACCGCACAGAGGUCACACGUGAUCUGCGAACGUGGGCUGCUAAGAGCCUGAACGACAUCAGGAACCACCACUCAGCGCUCAUUCAAUAUGUAGGGGCUGUGAUCGGACGUUACGAUCCAACCUUUGAUGUUGCACGAGAACUUUUCUGGACAUUCUAUUUACUGCCCGAUGCUGUAGAGCAAAGUACAAAGGACUUGAUCAACUCAGAGCCUCGAUACCAGUGGCAUAAGUUCAUCCAAGACAAAGAUGAACGCAAGAGUUCGAGGUAUCAGGGUCCGGGAGUGUGUGCGGCAGCAGCAACAGCAACAAUGUGA